AUGUUUGAUCUACCAAAUGCUAAGCGCGUCCGCCGCGAUGAGAUGCGCUCUCCGGCGUCAUCGCGCUCACCAUCACCAGCACCAGACGACGCCGCCGCCAAUGAUGCAUAUGCCCGAUUAGGAAAGCUACUCAAUCUCGAUCAAUUGGAUACACCACAAGAGACAACUGGCCAAGACAAUGGUCUCUCACAACCAGCGGACGACGAAGAUGAGGAACAAGAAUUCGAGUUCCGGCUAUUCAGCGCGCCGGCCAAAUCAACAGAAGAUGCCACCAAGCAGUCAGGAAAGGAUACAGAUGGGAAAAGUACAGAGGCCCCCAGUACCCAAAAAUUGAGGAUUCGGCUGCAUUCACCUACACCGGGGUCCGGAGCUGGCGGCGAGGGACGAUUUGUGAAAGCCACCCGCGGGUGGGAUUAUUACUUCUCUACACCUUCCCUCCAGGGCACAAAGGAUGGGGAACCUACUGCGGAAGACGAGAGCCGGAUAGCGGAAAAGAAGAAACAAUUUGAGGAUAUGGCCGUUAGCGGGCAGCACAUGCUGACAUGGGCCAAGUCGCUAGUCUGGCCCGGCUGCCAUCUUCCCUGGCGAGUCAUCCAUCUCAAGCGACAUCAGACUAAAACGCCACGGCCGGCCAACAGUCUUCCUGUCUACGUGGUAGAGGGCGCACCUCUGCGCAAGCGGGCUGCUGCCGCGCAGGCUGCCAAGGAAAAUGAAGCGGAGAAGCGGACUCGGAAGAACCGCGAGAGGAAAAUCAAGCGCAGACAAAAGGCGAGAGAGCAGAAGGCUGCGGCGGCGGGUAUUAGCGUUGAAGAUGUCGUCAUGGCUGAUGGUGAUGAUCAUUCCUCGGGCGGGGAGGAAUGA